GGCUACUUCCGUCAGACCCGAUCCACACGUACAGAAAGGGUCACGUGACGCGUUUGGCUCUACAGCAUGAGCACAGCUUUCUGCUGCUCGGUAACGCUAGCUUCAAACAUUCCGAAUGCUAGCUAGCUAGCUCCUGAUUCAGCUAUUUUAAUAACAUCGGAGUGACAAAAUAGGCUUCCCUUCACAACGUAGUACUUUGUUGAAGACUAGCCUUGGAGCUAUUUAGCACAGGAUCGCGCUUUCGGUCAUAUUUGUACAUUUCCUCUGUGCUAGCUAGCCACGGUUAGCGCGUUAGCUCACGGUAACGUCAACAUGAAUAUAGAUAACGUUAAUCAGUCCGUCACAACUGGAGUGUCCUCCACGACGUCCUCAACUUCGAGUAACUGUAUCGCAAAUGAUAACGCAGCUACCAACGUCAGCAGCAUCCUUUCGGUCACGAGUAAUGCUUCAGCCUCAGCGGCCAUGGUAAUACCAUCAGCAGACUCAUCUGUCUCCAACGGCGUCUACGUUCCUGGUGGUAUCACCAAUGGAGAUGUGAAGCCGGCCUUCUCCACCACGCCGCUGGCAGAUUUCCUCAUGCAGCUGGAAGAGUACACUCCCACAAUUCCUGAUGCAGUAACGGGCUACUACCUCAACCGGGCUGGCUUUGAGGCUUCUGACCCAAGAAUAAUCCGUCUGAUCUCCCUCGCUUCUCAGAAGUUUAUCUCGGACAUUGCCAAUGAUGCGCUGCAGUACUGUAAAAUGAAGGGCACUGCCUCAGGAAGCUCAAGGAGUAAAACAAAGGAUAAGAAGUACACUCUGACGAUGGAGGACCUGACUCCUGCCCUCUCAGAAUAUGGCGUCAAUGUCAAGAAACCAUAUUACUUUACAUAGAACUGCCUUUCUUUAAAGGCUUUUUGCUUUUGCUAGUUUUUUGUCCCUGCUGACCCACUAGAGUCUGUCAACACCUUUAUUGCUAAAUGUUUUUGUUUUGAUCAUUGUGCUUUAGUACAACUUUGACAAAUCGUAGUCACUUUGCCAUUUGUUCUUUUUUGUGGAGCCACCUUUGCGUUAUGUUAAAUUGUAUAAUUAAGUUUUGUGGUGAAAAUAAAACCCAUAAAAAAAC